CUUCCUCUUCUCCAGUGGAAAAAGGUCCUUUUCUGCAUUGUCGCAGGUUCCAACACAUUGCUUUUCUAACCACAGACCCACACCCGCAGAUUCGCAAGGCCAGCCCAGGGAACGCUGGCGCCGCCCGCCUUCCGCCUUCCGGUGGCUAGCGGACACGGUCUGGCCUGUCGCUGCAGCAUGGCUCCGCUACGCUUCUCCGCCAAUCUGUCCUGGCUGUUCCCGGAACUCCCCGACCUCCCUGCGCGACUGCGGGCUGCGGGCAGCUCGGGCUUCGAGGCCGCCGAAGUGGCCUGGCCGUACGCGGAGCCGCCCGAGGCUCUGGCGCGCGCCGCGCGGGCAGCGGGGCUGCAGCUGGUAUUGAUCAACACGCCCCCGGGAGACCAGGAGAAGAGGGAAAUGGGGCUGGGGGCCGUCCCCGGGAGACAGGCGGCCUUCCGAGAAGGGCUGGAGCAGGCUGUGCUGUACGCCAAGGCUCUGGGCUGUCCUAGGAUCCACCUGAUGGCUGGCAGAGUACCCCAGGGGGCUGACCGAGCAGCAGUCACGGGUGAGAUGGAGACAGUUUUUCUGGAGAACCUAAGGUAUGCAGCUGGAGUUUUGGCUCAGGAGAACCUCGUGGGACUGCUGGAGCCCAUUAAUACGCGUAUCACUGACCCCCAGUACUUCCUGGAUACACCCCAGCAGGCGGCUGCCAUCUUACAGAAGGUUGGAAGACCCAACCUCCAAUUACAAAUGGAUAUAUUCCACUGGCAGAUCAUGGAUGGGAACCUGACGGGAAACAUUCGGGAGUUCCUGCCUAUCAUUGGGCACGUACAGGUGGCACAGGUCCCUGGCCGAGGGGAGCCAGGGAGCCCUGGAGAGCUGCAUUUCCCCUAUCUGUUCCAGCUGCUGGAAGAUGAAGGCUACCAAGGCUUUGUGGGCUGUGAGUAUCGGCCUCAAGGAGACACAGUAGAGGGUCUGAGUUGGCUACGUUCAUACUGGGAUAAGCGGGGCCACCCACGGGUUGUCCAGUGAGGUCCUGCACACUACUCACAUGCCUCUCUGGGGCAAUGAGUGAGUACCCCGAGUCGUCGUCUUUGAAUUAAAGACAACUUACUGAA